CUUCAGAGAAGAAAGUGUAAAGAAACAGAUAUGGCUUCUUCAAAUAAUAAAACUGUAUUUUUGAGGAAAUAUACAGCGAGAACAAAAGAAAAGAUUUUACAGAAUUUGGGGAAGGUCGAUCGUACAGCAGAUGAAAUUUUCGAUGAGCAUUUGAAUAAUUUCCAACUUCAACAAAGUUCGGCCAAUAGACUACAAAAGGAAUUCAACAAUUACAUAAGAUGUGUACGAGCGGUUCAAGUAGCAUCAAAGUCUUUAAUGGAAGCCAUAACAGAAGUAUAUGAGCCAACAUGGUCAGGAUCAGAAGCACUUUACGGUCAAGCAUCAUCCAUUGAAGUUUUAUGGCAAGACUUUUCGCACAAGUUGGGCGAUCAGGUGUUGAUUCCAUUAAACACUUAUACCGCACAAUUUCCAGAGAUGAGAAAAAAAAUUGACAAGCGCGGACGUAAAUUGGUCGAUUACGAUAGUCAACGUCACUCCUUCCAAAAUCUCCAAGCGAAUGCAGCAAAACGUAAAGAUGAUGUAAAGUUAACAAAAGGACGCGAGCAAUUAGAAGAAGCCAAGAGAACAUACGAAAUUCUCAAUACUGAGUUGCAUGACGAGCUUCCAGCACUUUUCGAUUCAAGAAUAUUGUUUUUGGUUACAAAUCUACAGACACUUUUCGCAUCAGAACAAAUGUUUCAUAAUGAAAUAUCAAAGAUUUACUCGGAACUUGAAGCAAUUGUCGACAAAUUGGCAACGGAAUCACAAAGAGGAUCAUACACGCUGAAAAAAUUGAAUUCAACUUCUAAUAAUAUUCAAUCACCCGUCAAAAGUCACGAAAUAUCCAAUGCUUCAAUCAGCUAUCCAACUCCAAUGACAAAUGGAAAUUCAACAGCAGCAACAAACGGUGCCACAUCUUCACCCUCUCCAAUAUCAUCAACUCAUUCACCGACGCCAUACGAACAAGAACCAGAUUUUAAGCCUGAAAUUGAGGCACAAUAUCAAAAUCAAGAAAGCUUAGGGCUUUCAGAGCCAUCAUAUCAGAAUGCGACGGCUAUAAUAAGUAAAAAUAACAUAAAUAAUAAUAAUGAUGCAGGUGAUGGACCGUCCACAACCACAACAACAACAAUAAACGGUGUCAAUAAUAAUAGCAUUAAUGUUGAAGUUAUUGAGGAACAGCAGAAGAAUGGUACGACAGAGACAACGACGAUGGAUGAGUCACAUUUAGAUAAUAACAGUCAAAAUAACAUUAGUAAGAGCAACAUAAAUGAAAAUAACCAAAUAAGCAAUAAUCAAAACUUACCGAAAAGUAAUAAUAUUAACAAUAACACGGAUGAGUUAUACGAUAUUCCGGUUGGUGCCAACACAACAAACUUGCCGCCAGGUGUGCUGUAUCGUGUUAAAGCUACAUAUAAGUAUGUAAGAGAAGACGCUGAUGAGUUGAGCUUUGAUGUUGGUGAAAUCAUUGAUGUUAUAGAAUAUGAUGAUCCAGAAGAUCAGGAGGAUGGCUGGCUGAUGGGAUCAAAGGACGGAGGGAAAGAGAAAGGAAUGUUUCCUGCAAAUUUUACAAGACCGUUGUAACGAGUCAAAGAAAAAAUAUAUUUUUUUUAUGUUCGUCCAUCUUUAUUAUUGACUUUCUAUAUUUAUACAAAAUAUAUUAUUACCCCCCCCCAUUCCUCCCCUCUUUUUUUGAAGAUCAUCGAAAUAACUUUAAAUUCUAUAUUUGACCUUAUUUGACCUUCCAUAUUUAAUUAUCGAAAACAAAAUAACACCAAAUCACAUUCACCAACAUUAUUUUUAUAAUUUUUUUGUUUAAUAUUGAGAACUAUUAACACUAACGUUGUGGGAUCUGCUUCCAAUUUUUUUAUAUAGUCAAAUAUUUUCAAGAUUUUCUAAAAAAAAAGUUUAUAAGAAAAAAUUUUAGUAGUGUUGAUGGCGCGUGAAGCUUUGGAAAUUGGGGGGAACUUGAUGAUAUGUGAAAUACUUGCUAAGUGCCCUAAAGUCGAAUGCAUUUUUAGGGUUUUUUUUGAACAGAUUAUUUGCCAAAAUUUUACAAAUAGAAAGGAAAUUUGUUCAAAAAUUGUUCAUUCGUACUUGCUGUACUGUAAAGUGAGCUUAAUAAAGUCACCACAUAAUUUCAAAAGCUUUCUGCACCUCAAUGAUAUCAAAUAAAUUUGAUGGCGAACUGACGAAAAUAAUAAAAGAAUUAAUAAUAAUAAUCCUUCCAUGCCAAGUAUAUAUAUUUAUACAACUGCAUAUUUAUGGAAUAUAUUGUAAUAUACAAUGCAAUUUCUUCUUCCCAAUUAUACACAAAAACAUUUUUCUUAAAUUUUAUUAUUUUAAAUGUUCAAAUGUUGGAACUAACCGAGAGAAACCCAAUUGCCAAAUUUUUUUCUUCUCACUAGAAUGGAGAAUGAAAAAAUGAAUAUAUAAAAAAAAGUUUUUUGACCUACUGUAGAAUUUGAACAAGAAAUAAUGACGAAGAGUAUAUCAAAUGAUGUGCCUUUUUUUAGUAAACAAAACAGAAUUUUUUUUUCUUUGUGGGUGGAUUUUUGUACACGUUAAGUGCUGGAAAAAAAUGAAUACCCGUGCUCAUAAGUUGUUAAUUAUUAUUAUUAUUAUUACUAAUGUCUGCAAAUCUUCUAGUUUAAAUUGAAAAGUUCGUUACAAAUUUAACAUUUUGAAUUUUAAUUGAAGCUUUUUCAGGUCAUAAAAUGUGAAGUUAACCUCUAAAAAUUCAAAUUUUAACGGAUUUCAAUAACCUGAAGUUGUGUUUGAUUCAAAAUUCCAAUUUUAACGGAUUUUAAUGACUUAAAGUUGGCUCAGAUUAAAAUUUAACGGAUUUUAAUGCCUUGAAGUUGUCCUUCAUUAUAAAAAUUUAUCGACUUGAUUAAAUGAAAUGUUAAAUUUGUAACGAACUUUUUUAAUAUAUUCUAAAGAUUUGUGUAUAUUAACUUACUAUAAUCACCAGUCUCUAAUUUUAAUCUUUCUUAAAAAAAAGAAAAGUUGCAUUAGUAAUUGUUUUAAAGCAUAAAAAAAAAUGUGUAAAGUCUGUAUUCUUUUUCUGUCAUUUCUAAUAUGUUUUUUUUUUUUCUAUUAGCCAGAAAUUACUCUUUUUUAAUACUGUCUUUCUUUGUUGAUCAGUUCACAGUUAUUUAAAUACGCAAGA